AUGGAACAAGCGACAUUAGUCCUUUCGAUGAACAAGAAACAACAAGAGCAUUAUUCCGAGUUGUACAAGGAAAUCGAAUAUGAGAUUGAAAAAGCAAAACUUCGUAUUGAAGAAUGUCGAGAGGAACUGCGUCUUGCGAAAAUCAUUCGGAAAAAUCGACGCGAGUACGACGGUCUUGCCAAAAUCAUCGCGGAACACCCAGAGAGGGAUGUGACACUUGC